AGAAAACUUCAACCAGAGCUGCAUAAGUUUCCGAUAUUUCCGGUGCUCCUUUCUUACGAGAAUGAUGUUCGGAUAUGGUUCUCGAUAUAUAGUUUCUAUAUAUUGAGAUUUACAUUUCCUAAAUCAAUAAUUUAUCCCCUUAUAUAACUUUAAGAAAUUGGAAGAAUCUGGUGGUAGUGUUCAUCUAAAAUUUAUUUAUUUUUUGGGUAGAAAAGGAUGGCCAGUUCAAGUCAGGAUGAUCCAAACAUUGAUCCAGAAGUCAGGUAUAUAAUGGAGGGAACUGCACGUUUGGUCGCUAAGCAUGGGUUGUGGCUGGAGAGCAGGUUCUUGGAGUAUAAUGUGGAUGAUAAACGAUACAACUUUCUGAGGAUCCCAAACCACCCUUAUCUCCCUUUUUAUAGGAACAAGAUUGUUGAAUACCAAAAUGCUCUGCAGAAACAACGUAUCAAACCUCCUUGUUCUUCUACCAAUAAAGUUGCACGGUCUCCAGUCGUAAAAGAAAUUAAGUGUCCUGAAGGGAUGACCCCCAAUGAUUUUGGCGUUAUUAAACUCACAGCUCAGUUCGUGGUGCGGUAUGGGAGGUAUUUCUGGCCCGAUUUGGUGAAUAGUGUGACUAUGAACCCGAGACCUCAAUUUGCAUUUAUCAAUGCAAGUGAUUGCAGAUUUAAUGUUUUACUUGAGCUUGUUGAUGCUUAUGCUAAAAUUUUAACGCCUUACUGGAAGCUGCCAGGGAGUAAACAUAACCAACAUGCUUGCAAAGAGACAUUUCUCCAAGGGUUUUUCAAUAUUCUUCAAGGGAAAAAGCAUGAUGAGGAGGAGGGAGUAGAGAUAGAGAUAGAGACAGAGAGGGAUGUUGUUGCUGAUCUGCAUGGAUGUCUUGACUAUUUUGCUUGUAGUGAUGAUGGAAAGUGGAAAUCCCCUAGACGCAUUUCAGCACAAAUGCUGUCUGAUGGUAUACUUGAUGCUCUACCAACUGAUGAUGAUGAUGCACAAGGCCAACCCGUUCCUCUAUCUAUGGAUCUUGAUCCUCCAAUACCUCGUAAUUAUCCAUUUACAUAUCCUAAAGCGAUCACACGUAGGCAGCUUGGUAUUAUCAAGGUCACAGCGCAGUUUUAUGUGAGGUAUGGGUAUGCAUUCUACAUGGCCUUGAAAAAGAUACUGGCUAUAAUCGACAACUCUCAUCUAAACUCUCAGUUUGAGUUUUUCAAGUCACAAGAUACGUACAGCUUUUUCUAUCGGCUUGUUACUGUUUAUUCCGACGUAUUAAUGCCUUCGUGUACUUGUCCGGAGAAAGCUGUCCUCAAGGGUUUCUUCAAUCUUCUUCAAGGGGGAAAUCAGGAGGUAGAUGUGGAAGUAGUGGAGAUAUCCGAGAGUAGUGGUUUUCACUCUUACGUGGGUGCGCUUGACUAUUUUGCUAACAGGAAGGAUCAAGAGUUGACACCACAUGGAUGUUUUUCUUCGGCACCAAUACAAAUGCUGCAGCCUUGUUUGCCUAUGCCGCUUCCAAAGGGAUUUGGGUGGCGUUUCCUUCUCUACCACUGCCACUGUUUGAGGAACCAGAGCCAAAGAGACGAGCUUAAUAAGUCGUCAGCACUUGUUCCAAAAGACCAGUUUCUCGUUCAACAUUCGGUUUAA